AUGAUAAUUCAAAUAGGAAAAUUGUUAUUAUUCUUAUUAUUCUUCUUAUUCUUAUUACUCUUUUUAUUCUUUUUUUCUUCUUCUUCUUCUUUUUUUUUCUUCUUUUUUCUUUUUCUUUUCUUCUUCUUUUCUUCUUUUUCUUUUUUCUUCUUCUUUUCUUUUUCUUCUUUAUCUUUUUCUUCUUUUUCUUUUUCUUAUUCUUUUUCUUCUUUUUCUUCUUCUUCUUUUCUUCUUCUUUUUUUCUUCUUUUUCUUCUUUUUCUUAUUCUUUUCUUUUUCUUCUUUAUCUUUUUCUUCUUUUUCUUAUUCUUUUUCUUCUUUUUCUUCUUCUUAUUUUCUUCUUUUUCUUAUUCUUUUUCUUAUUCUUUUUCUUCUUCUUUUCUUCUUUUCUUCUUUUUCUUCUUUUUCCUUUUCUUCUUUUCUUUUUCUUUCUUAUUCUUUUUCUUCUUUUUCUUCAUUUUCUUAUUCUUUUUCUUCUUUUUCUUCAUUUUCUUAUUCUUUUUCUUUUUCUUCUUCUUUUCUUCUUCUUUUAUUCUUUUUCUUAUUCUUUUUCUUAUUCUUUUUUUCUUUUCUUAUUCUUUUCUUCUUCUUUUCUUCUUUCUUAUUCUUUUCUUUUUCUUCUUCUUCUUUUCUUCUUCUUUUCUUUUUUCUUUUCUUUUUCUUCUUUUUCUUCUUUUCUUUUCUUCUUUUUCUUUUUUUCUUUUCUUUUCUUCUUUUUUUUAUUCUUUUCUUCUUUUCUUCUUUUUUUCUUCUUCUUUUUUUCUUAUUCUUUUUUUAUUCUUUUUCUUUUUCUAUUUUUUCUUAUUCUUUUUUUUCUUUUUCUUUUUUCUUUUCUUCUUUUUCUUAUUCUUUUUUUUUUUCUCUUUUUUUUCUUUUUCUUCUUAUUCUUUUUCUUUUUCUUAUUCUUUUUCUUUUUCUUAUUCUUUUUCUUUUUCUUAUUCUUAUUAUUUUUCUUAUUCUUCUUCUUAUUAUUCUUUUUUCUUUUUCUCUGUGCUCUCUCUCUCUCUCUACCAGUCUGUGCUCUCUCUCUCUCUAUGCCAGUCUGUGCUCUCCAUCUCUCUAUCCAUACCAGUCUGUUCUCUCUCUCUCUCUUUCUCUCUCUAUGCCAGUCUGUUCUCUCUCUCUCUCUAUGCUAGUCUGUCUCUCUCUGUUUCUCUCUCUGCCAGUCUGUUCUCUCUCUCUCUCUCUAUGCUCUGUUCUCUCUCUGCCUAGUCUGUUCUCUCUCUCUCUCUAUCUCUCUGUUCUCUCUCUCUAUGCCAGUCUGUUCUUCUCUCUCUCUCUAUGCCAGUCUGUUUCUCUCUCUCUCUCUAUGCCAGUCUGUUUUUCUCUCUCUCUAUGCCAGUCUGUUUUUCUCUCUCUCUCUCUCUCUCUCUCUCUAUGCCAGUCUGUUCUUCUCUCUCUCUCUCUCUAUGCCAGUCUGUUUUUCUCUCUCUCUCUCUCUAUGCCAGUCUGUUUUUCUCUCUCUCUUUAUGCCAGUCUGUUUUUCUCUCUCUCUCUAUGCCAGUCUGUUUUUCUCUCUCUCUCUCUAUGCCAGUCUGUUUUUCUCUCUCUCUCUCUAUGCCAGUCUGUUUUUUUCUCUCUCUAUACCAGUCUGUUUUUUCUCUCCAGUCUGUUUUCUCUCUCUCUAUACCAGUCUGUUUUCUCUCUCUCUCUCUCUCUCUAUACCAGUCUGUUUUCUCUCUCUCUCUCUCUCUGUUUUCUCUCUCUCUUUAUGCCAGUCUGUUUUCUCUCUCUCUCUAUGCCAGUCUGUUUUCUCUCUCUCUUUAUGCCAGUCUGUUUUUCUCUCUCUCUUUAUGCCAGUCUGUUUUCUCUCUCUCUCUAUGCCAGUCUGUUCUCUCUCUCUCUCUAUGCCAGUCUGUUCUCUCUCUCUCUCUAUGCCAGUCUGUUCUCUCUCUCUCUCUCUCUAUGCCAGUCUGUUAUCUCUCUCUAUAUAUAUGCUAGUUGUUCACACUCUCUCUAUAUAUAUAUCUAUCUAUCUAUCUAUCUAUGCCAGUCUGUUCUCUUUCUCUCAUUAUAUCUAUCUACCUAUCUUGUUUUUUAUUCUCUUUUCAGUGGCUCAGCAGGUGAAAAGGACCAAAUGGAAGUAGUUGUAUCGCCGCCACCAGUAUCCUCGUACACCUUACCCAGGGGUCCGGAAGCCGCACACGGCAUCAUGUAUAGUCCUCGUUCGGUUGCCGACCCUGCAAUUAACCAGUGCCAUGUUCAAAUCAAGACGGAACAAGAGGCAGUGAAUUUUAGCAGCAAUCGAAAUUUCCGAUGCGCCCGGAAGGAGACGCACUUAAGUCCCCGAUUCGUAGUUAAUGGCACCCGGGCGCCACCAGAUUACCCUCUUCCUGCUAAGCUCGGACCCAGUCAGCCGUUCACGAUGACACCUUCUGAGAAGAAGAACAGUCCGAUGAACGUGGCUAAUGGUGGCAACUCAGACAGUUAUCUCUUUGGCAAGAGUCUUGGAAGCUCGGUGGAAAACUUAAUGAAAUUUGCCGAAGUCCUCUACAAGUGCACGCUGUGCACAACGCUCCCUUCGAUACUCACGUCAAGGGAUAGUUUCAUCAGUCACGUCAACGAUUUGCACCUGACAAAGAAACAAUCGCACAAUGAAUGCCAGCACUGCAGUCUGAAAUUUAGCACCGAAGAAGACCUCCGGGCCCAUUGUCGUUUUUCUCAUGGCAUGGAGAUCCGCCCUGGGGACGACGUCGAAUCAACAGAGCCGUCCCCGAUCGACGAGUUCACCAACAAAAGCGAGACUGAAAUCAGCACAGAGAACCAAUGCACUGUUAGUGACCCGACCAAGACGAUACAAAACCGUACACCGCGUUUUAUCAUGGAGUCUCUUCACACAAAACAACGUCAGACGGCAAUCAUACCUUCAAAUUCCUUGAUACGGGUCACCAACAGUAGCAGCCCUGGCAAAGAGAUGGUGAAGUCCGAAAAGAUAUCCAUGGAAGAGAACAUCAGUCGACUCCAGCAGCUGGCGGAUCAGAUUCUGAUCUCCAAUAGCCGCCUGAGCAGCGGGGGUGCCGGUACGGCUGGCACACCGUCGGGUUUCCACGGAGCGACCACCAACCCGAGCUACACGCCCGACUUCGGCAAGUACACGAAGCUGAUCCGGGAAGGAGGUAACAUUGUUUACUUCUGCCAGGUGUGUAACUGCAAGUGUCAGGUGAGGGCAGCCUUUAUGAGCCACUGCUCCAGCUACCAGCACCGAGCCCGCGUCGAGGCAGCUGACCGGAGUGUCACCUCUGACCACUCGCCAGCCCAGUCACAACAGCCCCCGCCGAACCAGUCGACCCAGCCACCGCCCCCUGCGCACUCGCAUCCUCCCUCACAAAGGCAUCAGCAAAAUUCCCAUCCACCUUAUCACCACCAACAGUCGCAUCAACUACUACUGACUCAGUCAAAUUUCAAACGGGAUCAUCUUUCGUGUUCCACUUCCUCCUCUCUGAGUUCAAACACCAAAAUGACCACCCAUUUUUCGGGACAAACAUCUCCUUCGUCCCCUACGACAAACACAUCUACUUCCAUUUCGAUCUCUACAAACACAACUACUACUACUACUUCUUCCUCUUCUUCUUCUUCUUCUUCUUCUAAUACUACCAACACCCCACUUUCAUCCGCAACUCCUUCACCCAUCCCUACAACCGAAGCUUCGCAGACCUCAAAAUCUUCCUCAGAAGCAUCCAACGUCGUCGCUAACCCGGGAGCUGCCCGAACGGUAGCCGUUGGCUGCACUGGCAAAGCCUCGGCGCAGGCAGCCUCACCAAUCCCUGACCAACCAUCCGAGGGUUCGCCAACUCCGGGUCCGCCCAGCGAACCUACGUCAGACUGCGAAUUGGAGAAAGACGGCCAACGAAAACGUCAUCGGACGGACAUGUCAAGCGACGGGGACUCUAACUGUGAUAAGGAAGUGACGACCCGCCAGCGGCGGAAGCGUCAUGCCCCGGUCGCUGUUCGUCAGCCCCAGGUGACGACGUCCUGGUCAGAUUCGGACUCCGAGGAGGAGGCGAUCUGCACAAAAAGCCAUCCCCUUCCAUGUGACAAAGCCGCCAACGAAAAUCGGGAAUCGCAAACGAAGAACACUCCGGAGACAGGUCGAAAAACUCCACAAUCACCUUCUCGAUCUUCUUCCACUCCGACGCGACCCCCAACACCGGAGAAAUCUCCGGAACUGGCGAACGAUACCCCAGUAGAUUUUUCCAUGACGGACACCAACUGCAUCCUCCCACAGAACACGGACUCAUUAGGCAUGCUCUCGUCGGUGGUCGAGGGUUUCUUGGUGUCGAAGAGCCAACCGCCAGUAUCGUUUGGCUCUCUCGACAAGAGCCCGCCGUCGGCACCGGCCAGCAACACCCUAGCAUCGAUAAAGACCGAACCUGAUGAGAAGCUAGAUUCCGAUUCAGGUGGACUUAGGGGUAUUUAUCGUUGUUCGUUUUGCGAUUUUGUCUGCUACGAUAUUCGGGAUUAUGAAGAACAUUUUGUCAAAGAACACGACUCGGAUAUUUUGGAUGUAACACUUACAGACUCUUCUGGAAAAACAGUACACGGGGAAUACUGGAAGAUGUUGAAAAUCAAAGACAUUUUACCAGAGUUGCUGGUUGGCUGUGCAAAAGGCUAUGUGUCACGUGAUAUCCUGCUGCAGAAGAUAAGCCUCCUUCUGAACAUUCCGGAAGUUGUACACUGGGGGCCAGCCUGCAACAAGGCUGUCCGAGAGGAGUUCCCGAAUAAUCUUGAAAAGAUUCUUCAGUUUCUACCAGAACUGGUUUUCUGGACAGGUGAUCUUGAUGUUGGAAUCUCUCGAGAUGAGGUCCUACAAUUACUUGGAGAGAAAAUUGAGGAAACUGGGGUCCAAUACUGGGGUGUCCAGUGCAACAGAGCAAUGCGGUUCCUUUUCCCAAGCAUUCACAUGAAACGAAAAGGAAAGUUUAAAACUGUCUAUUUUGGAGUGGAUUUUAUGAAAAACAUUACCAGGCAGAUUCCACAGACAUUUGACAGUGACCCAACAAU